AUGGCCCCGCGUCAAAAGAUCCCAAAGGUUGAGCGGCAACGCUCAGUGCCAAAAUACGAGAAAGCGCGGCCACAAGGUAUUAAAAAAGAGCCACCGCAACUUUCUUUACGCAAAAGCAAACGCCUACAAUUGCUCCAAGAACGAACUAUAUUCAAAGGACCUGAGAGUCGAAAGCGAAAACGAUCGCAAGAAGACGAGGCUUCUCUCUCAUCUGUCACUCCUCCUCAGAAGCAACUGCAGACGUCUUCUCCAGUAUCUCACAUUGAAAAUACCAUCUACGAGAACAUAGCCGGUCUAAACGCCGAUCUAGUUACACGUUGGAUAGAAGGCAAGCCUUGGCCCAAGGAGUAUUUUGAACAAGAAAGCACAGUGAAUUCAUCGCUCAGGACGAAGACAUCAUCAUCUUCGCCUAGAAUGGAAUCAGAGAUGACCGAUGGAUCUGGGAAAGAAGGCAAGAAUCCCGCCGUUAGAAGCCGGUUGUAUGAGGUGACCCUUGCAAAACGGGGUAUCUACUUGGAGGGCGGACCUGGGAUCACUGAUGAUUGUCGAGCUCUCUGCAAAUCUCUCCUGGAGGCCGAACAAUCUCUUCCGCCUGAUUCUUUAUUUCGAGAUGAUCGACUCGAAAAAACUUGCGAGAGGCUUCGUAACGAAAACGAGGCGAAGGUCAUACGAGAUAUUUCGUCGCUCCUGGUUCCCUCAGUGGAAGUCCUAUGUGCCUACGGCGACGACUAUUUGGAAUUCAUGGUAGAUCACGUCAACCAGAGGUGGUUUGGCUGUGUGCCUAUCGUACUAGGACCCACCCCUCAACCCGAUUACUCCGCUGGGUGCAAAGCAACCAUAUUUACAAAGGGUCAACUUCGGAAGCUAGAACCUUUUAUCAAAAGAUGGAAACGCACGCUUUUCCUAGCUACAGCCUGGAUGUAUUUUCCGUAUCUUACGGUAGAAGUCAAAUGUGGGAACGAAGGCCUUAACAUCGCAGAUCGACAAAAUGCUCAUAGCUCUGGUGUUGCUGUUAAGCAAGUAGUCGAUCUAUACCGGAAGGUAUCCCGACAACACGAACUCAAUCGAAAGAUCCUCGCAUUUUCCAUCUCGCAUAACCACGUGGCUGUGAGGAUCUACGGUUACUACCCCGUCAUCGAUGGAGACCAAACCUCCAUCUAUCGUUACUCUAUUAGCCAGUUUGACAUCAGGAGUAAUGCUGGUAAGGAUAGGUGGGCGAGUUACAUAUUCACGAGGAACCUUUAUGAUUCCUAUAGUCCGAUACACUUCGAGAGGCUCCGCUCAGCCGUUGAUCAACUGCCUGAUCCCGUAUCCGAUUACGAUCAGUCACAGCAAUCAGACCUCGAACUUUUGUCUCGGCCGGACAAGGAAGAGAGUCAAUCGGAUAUAGUCGACUACCAAGACCUUUUAAAAUCAGCUCCUUCGUCUCAGAUAUCCCAGCCAUCAUUCAAAAAGCCAGGAAGCAAGCGGUCAUGA